AUGGUUCCACAAGGUGUCGAGAUUCUCAAAGAGCAAUAUCUUGCUGAUACGAUGCAAGAAGCACUUAUGAGACAUUUUAAUGGAAUAGAAUUUAUAGAACGUAAUGCUGGCCCUAGAAUUGAUGAACAUAUGCAGGAGCAAGGCUUUCAUGUAAAAGCAUAUGUUGACCACACUACGGGUUUUAUAUUUGGCGGUAAUAUCUAUAAUUGCGGUACAUGGAUGGAUAAGAUGGGAAGUUCUGAGAAAGCUGGUAAUAAAGGUUGGCCAGCAACACCCAGAGAUGGUGCUGCUGUUGAAUUGCAGGGCCUUUGUUUUGCAGUUAUUGAAAAAUUAGAUGAAUUAUACCAGAAAAAACUCUAUCCGUACGAAGGAGUCUUUAAUGAAAAUGAAAUGUGGACAUGGCAAAAAUGGGCGAAUAUUAUGAAAAAUAAUUUCGAACGCUUUUUUUAUGUAGCUGACAAUGACUUAUCACAGUACGUAAAUAGACGUGGUAUAAUUAAAGAUACGCAUGGUUCCACGCAAGGUUAUACUGAUUAUCAAUUAAGACCGAAUUUCUCGAUUGCAUUAGCCGUGGCUCCAAAACUCAUAGCUCCAGAGAAGGCUUGGCAAGCACUGCAAAUUGCAGAGAAAGAAUUACUUGGGCCAUUGGGUAUCAAAACUCUUGAUCCAAGUGAUUAUAAUUAUUGUCCAUUCUACAAUCAAGACGAUGAUGGUACGGAAAAGAAAACAGCUCGAGGUUGGAGCUAUCAUCAAGGCCCGGAAUGGUUAUGGGUAGGAAUGUUCUUUUAUCGAGCAAAAUUAGCCAUAGCAAAAAUAAUCAGUGAAGAAAAGAAUAGAGCGGAAUUUUAUGAGAAAGCAAAACGAUUCGUACGAUCACGAAUGGGUGCUUAUUGGGAACAUUUGAAGCAUUCAACUUGGGCAUCACUACCUGAAUUAACCAAUGCAAAUGGCUCUCCAUGUUAUCAUUCAUGUGGUGCACAAGCAUGGAGUAUUGGUUGCAUGCUGGAAAUGGUUGAUGAAUUAUAUGAAUUACAUAAAUUUUAA